ACCUCUGCAUGGGGCAUCCGUUCGCUGACUGACGGCAUGCCUGCUCAAUACCAAGCAGGGGCUUGCCUUCCUCUCCAUCGGCAGCAGCCGCCGAAGUCCAAAUCAGCAGCGACCAAUGGGAUGGCAUGGGGCAAUCGUGAAUGCCGCAAGGGUGCUUGAUCUUCCUUGCCAAUGACCUGACUUCUCUCUCUUCCACCAUAAAACCUCGUCUCCUUCACUCUCGUUCAUUCGCGCACAUCCAUUCUUCCCCACUUGCGCUUUCGUCUCCGCUUUCCAAACAUCAUUCAAGAUGAAGUUCGCUCUGCCUAUCGCUCUGGGUCUGGCCCUCGCCGUCUGCGGUCAAGCACAAGCACAAAGCACCGAGAGCUCCUCCUCGAGCGCAAGCACUAGCGCUGCUUCUGGCACUAGCCCUGCUCCUACUCCUUCCAGCUCGUCCAGCUCUUCUGCUCCUAGCUCCUCCCCCACCUCUGCUCCGGCUGGUGGCGCUGAGAGCUCCGGUGUCUGCUCCGUGCUCGUCGGUGACCCUACCGUUCGUGCUUUCGACUGCACCUACUCGAGCACUAGCACUCCUCCUUACGACGCUUCCAGCAUCCAGUCCUACCUCAUUGGUGGCUACUCUCCCAACCAGGGCGAGGAGGUCGGUGCUGUCGCUACCGAGCUCGCCGAGAGCGUCCUCAACUUCUACCCCACCAUGACCGCCAGCGUCAGCCAGAUUGCCUCGGUUAGUAUAGGUCCUUUGAUCACUUCGCGGGACACCCGAGAGGGGUUGAGGGACAGGGAGAAAAGGCUUGAGCAACAUGAGAUGGUACCGUCGGCGUGAUCUGCUGGAAUAGACUCGGAGGAUGGCGCAACCCCACGCGUCCAGUAGAGGACAUCUUGCUGACACAAAUCUUACCAUUAAUGACUUGCCAUGACCCUGCUCGCACAUUUGCAGGAGUUCG